AUGACAACCCUCACCAACGCAAUCACAUCUCUCCCCGCUCCCUCCAUCACCCUCGCUUUAGGAGGACUGACCACCGCCUAUGUCUUCUUCGCCAACAUCGGUGAGACCCAACGAGGUUCAAUCGCCUAUCUGAAUGGAAGACUGACACCGGUAACUCUGAAUGAUAAGGAGAGAGCGAAAGUAUGGAGAGGUUACUUUAAGCCUGCUGCAACAUGGAUCGUUUCCGGCUCUCUCAUUUCUUCCGCACUCAAUAUCACCACAUCAUACUUGCACAAAUCACACCUCAUAUCAAAGAUCACUUUCGUCUCAGGAUUAGCCUCUGUCUGGAUUUUGCCCAUCACUUUCUUCGUCGGACUCUUACCUAUCAAUUCCAGACUGUUCGAACUUGCUGAACAAGAUGAAGGUACCGCAAACAAAAUCAUCACUCCCACAUCUGACGAUGAAGCUAAGAAGUUGAUCAAGACCUGGGAGGAGAAGCAUCUAAUUAGAUUGCCGAGUUAUGGUGUUGCGUGGGGGUUGAGCUUUUUGGCUAUUCUCUUGGAUGGAAGGGUUUAG